CCAGUUACUAAGUUAACCCUCGCUCUUCCUUUCCCCUCGGUUCUCGUUGUCUGACAGGCAAAGCGGCUAUGACGACAACGGCCGCCGGGUACGGCUGCUGCUGGGCGGGGAUUCCGCCCUUCGCGUUGUUGCCGCGGAUUCUCUCGACCCGCCGGGAGACUCCUCCUCCUCCUCCUCCUCGCGCUUCCCUUGUCGCCUCCUCCUCGAAGCUCAGGGCGCUGGCACCACGGCUGAGAGUUUCGAACCGUCCAAGGAGGCUCAUUGUCUCCGCUUCCUCCUCCGGCGAGGCCAAUUCGGACGCGGCGCCGUCGCCAACGGAAGCCGCUAUUGAUAUAAAGCUUCCUAGAAGAAGCUUGCUUGUUCAAUUUACAUGCAACGCAUGUGGCGAAAGGACCAAGCGCUUGAUAAACAGAGUAGCCUAUGAAAGAGGCACAGUUUUUCUUCAGUGUGCAGGGUGCCAGGUGUACCAUAAGUUUGUUGAUAAUCUUGGGCUAGUUGUUGAGUAUGAUCUACGAGAAGAAAACGAGCUACAAGGAGAAAAUGCGGUGGACACCAGUUCUGAAGAUUGAUCUGCUGUGAGAAGCGGUGUUGGUAUGCAAAACGCCCUGUACUCUGUAGGUUUUUGACAACAUUGGUUAUUUGUAUAGCAUAAAAAUGGCACUUUUUAAAGUUGUUGCACAUACUCAUCUGAAAUUCUGAAUACAGCAGGGCCUACAUUGUACU